CACCGCGGGAAUGAAUCAAGUUUCAAUUUUGAUAUGAAUUUGGAUUUAGACAUUGUAUUCAAAAAUGUCAUGUGAUACAUCUCUUACCUGUCGGAAUCAGUCUGGCGUCACAUGGAAGGUAGAAUACCUUGACAUUCUCCGGGACAUUCCUCCAUCAGUCCGGAAAGAGCCUCCUUCCUCCGAAUACAAGUCGUUGUCUUGGAAGCCUGUCAACCGGUCUCCUUACAAUACUCGUUCUCGAAAUAGUUGCCAACCUGAUCGAACGACGCCAGAAGAGACCUCAGGAGAAAGUAGUGGGAGCGAUGGCGACUUACCCUCCCCAUCGCCUGCAGCACCAGUACACAGCACACAGGGCCAUGGGAGGAACAGAAGACGAGCCCAACCGGGUCGCGGCAAUAGUCAAGAAGCUACAUUUAACUCAAAAAGCUCUAAGAGUGUGAAGAACACGAGACAGUAUUGCACUAUAGAAUGCGUCCGCGGGUUGCUUAUUAGAAGUUGUUUAGACCGGAAAUGCCCAAACGUCCACGAACAUGGCUCUGAAAGACAUUCACUCAGUCCAAUGGAGCUUAUAUACAGACUACAUGCGCAACUCACCCAGGAUCGAAGAGAGGGCUUCGAGCAACUACACAUACGUGGUCGAACAGGUUUCUUAUUAAAAGCCACCUUGCUGUCUCACGGGUACACUGUCGUCAUUGAGGCUACCACCGUGCAAAAACAACGCUUUCUUCAAAGAGAGAUUGACACCUACCGCCACCUCCGGCCUUUGCAAGGGUACCAUAUUCCUGUCUGUCUUGGAGACUUCAGACCGCGCAUUUCGUAUUGGUAUCACGGUGAGCUCAUGUCUCAUAUGAUGAUCCUCAGCUGGUCUGGGAUUCGUAUGCAAAACAUCAUCAAUAAAGGAAAUGUUUCCUUAUUCAAAAAAGAGCGCGAUAGGCUCCUGAAGGUCCUUCGGUCUUAUGUGGUUGUCCACGGCGAUAGUGAGUGGCGAAACAUACUGUGGGAUGACAGUGCUCGCCGUCCCGUUAUGGUUGAUUUUGAGGAGGUGACUUGGUUGAGAAAACGGCCGAUACUUGGCUCGACAUCGGGGAAUGUUGCGAAAAGCUAUUGUUCAGAUAAGCGGAAAUGUUUGCUCGACAAUCACGCACCCCCAGCAGCGUCGGCUCUUCAGACUGAGAUUAUAUAACUAAUUC